AUGGCGCGCAAACGCAAAGCUAGCGACGAUGCACCCGUGCAUGCCCAUACUACCCCUCCGACAGAUAACAAGUUUGCUACAACGAAGAAGCAGAAGAUUGAGUGGGACAAGGUCGACAAUUUUGAGGGUUUCACCAUCAGCUCGGUAGGCCUCAACGCGCCAAAGCAGGGAAAAAAGUCCAAGCGCAAUUACGGCGCCUACCCGGGUCAGGACGCCCCUUUGGAUGCAGAGGUUGUACAGCCAAAUCCGUUCCCAGACACGGACCUCAGUGAGGUACAUGUGAAGAUAUCGCCUGCAAUCUACUGGGAAAACACCAGCCGCUAUCGAAAGUUCACCAUUAACAAUGAGGAAUUCUCGGUUGGUCAAAUUGUCUUCGUCAAGAAGGUUGAAGAUGAACAAGAUGCGCCAGACGCGAUACAACAUUGGCUCGCAAAGGUCCUCGAGAUCCGUGCUGGAGAUGCUUCCCAUGUCUACCUCCGAGUGUUUUGGGCAUACAGACCGGAAGAUUUGCCAGGAGGUCGGCAGCCGCACCACGGUAGCUGUGAACUGAUCAUCAGUAACCACAUGGAUAUUAUUGAGGCAUUGACUGUUCAAGCAGCCGCGAGUGUAAUCUACUGGAAUGAUGAUCCCGAUGAUCUAGCCUUACCAGCAGACCAACUCUUCUAUAGGCAGAGCUUCGACGUCACCAAGAAGAUCAGGCCACUAAGUAAACUCAACACCUUCUGCAUCGACAAGAAGCCCUGUAAUCCCGACAAAAUUUUGGUCCAAUGUCCGCAUUGCUCGAAUUGGCUCCACGCGGAAUGCCUCGAGAAGGAAGCCGUCCAAACCGUACCCAACACACAGAACAGCACACCAAUGCCACCGCCUAAGAAGCGAGGUCGACCCAGCAAGGGAACGCAAGCGGACGUGGACCCACUCGAAGCCGAGCUUCACUCAUCAGACACGGGCAAAACCCGCCUCACGAUUACAGACAAUCGCGAAGGACAAAACAAGCGACAAUGGGACGUCGACAUACCAUGUCUGAUGUGCGGCAAGAUCAUCGAAGAAGCCGACCCAUCAACUGGAGCUGAUAAUGCGGUCAAAUUAGAAGCGGAACCAGAACCACAAAAGGAAGAAGACGCCGACGACGCCAACACUACACCACCUCUCGCGCCCAGUGAAGCAGACUCUGUACUCAGGGACUCAGACGCCGACGCCACCGCCCCAACCACAACCAAGCCUUCCACCGCGCCUGAUCUACCACCACCAGCAGCUCCCAUCGAAAUCAAGGGUGAGACCGCUUCCUCAACUUCUCCUCCAUCCGAUUAGCAUAGCUAAAAUUUGUCUUUUCAUUUGAUUCGUAGUGCCGCGAGGAAGAGGUCGGCCACCCGGCUCAAAGAAUAAGAAGAGAAAACGCAGUAGUUAUCCUUUCCCUUCGUCGUCGUCGUCGGCUGCGAAGAAGAAGAAGAAGAUGUCGCUCUCUUCUUCUUCCAGGGUGAGUAAUAUUAAGGCGGAGGUGAAGGCGGAGGCGGACAUGGACGAGGAGGAGGCUGGGCCUGGCAUCGUGGUGCAGGAUAAUACAGAGGUUGUGCUUGAUGCACCCAGGGAGAAUGUUACACCUGCUGCUACUGCUACGUUGCCGCCUGCUGUACAAGAGUCUAUAUUUCAAUCUGGGAUUAGGUCGGUGAAGAGGAUGUUGUGGAGGACGUGAUGGGGUGAUUGAGCCGUUUCAUGUAUUUUUUUUCAGACAUGUAUGAACACACACACGCACGUUCGUACGCACACAUACACUUUAACUUCAGUCCCCACACAUUGAAUAGUUAGAUACCC